AUGUCAUGUCCCGUAAAUUAGAGUUAUUUGCCCUUGAUAGCAGAAUGGAGGACUCUGAACCCGAUUUAGACGAUUUCUUAAAGAAAUCAUUCCUGAACUUGGAUAAGAUUGACGAAAAUAUAUACAGGAGUACGUAUCUAUUGCACCCCAAGUACACAAAGUCGGUGUUCGGUGGUCAGCUGAUUGGUCAAGCGUUGGUAGCGGCUGCUAAGACAGUUCCAGAGUCCCAGUUUGCGCACAGCCUACACUGCUAUUUCCUGCAAGGAGGUAGUGGUGAUCGCCCUGUUGUGUACUAUGUGGACCGUACGCGGGAUGGCAAGACAUAUUGCAGCCGCACAGUGAAGGCCAUCCAGAGGGGAAAGGCAGUGCUGACGAUGCAGACCUCUUUCAAGAAGGAAGAAACUGACCCCUAUCGACAUCAGUUCAAGAUGCCCAAGACUGUAGGACCCGACAACCUCCUCAACACAAUGGACUUGGCCAAGAUAGCACUAGAGAGCAGAAAUUUGCCUGAAAAAAGGAAAACAAUGCUAGGCAUGUUUCUUGAUGAGCCAAUGAAUGUGGAGGUCAGACCCAUCGACCCGAUGCACCUGGCCAGGGUCAAGCCUCAUGCUCCUCACAGACAGGUCUGGAUGCGAGCGUGUGGACAUAUAGGUGAUGACAUCAACAUGCACAAGUGUGCCGCCGCCUACAUGUCGGACCUCAUGUUGCUAGAUGUAGCCCUGAUGCCCGCGGAGACGGGAACAUCGUUCAGCAUUACCUCCCUUGAUCACUCCAUGUGGUUCCACAACCCCUUCCAUGCCAAUGAAUGGAUGCUGUAUGAAAUGGAGAGUCCUCACUGUGGUUCUGGACGAUCGCUGUCCCUAGGCAGACUGUGGAGGUCUGACGGGGUGUUGGCCAUGUCUAUAUCCCAAGAAGGUGUAAUCAGGACAGUUGCAGAUUCCAAACUCUGAUUGACCUCAGGAUGUGCCAGAUAUCGCCAUCAAUGUACAAGUUUUUUUCGUUUCUUGGUUUUCAAGACUGUUCAAGGUCAAAUCUAAGGUCACAGUGAAAGGUAUCAUGGUCACAUUUCAAGCAGGUACCUGUCCUUUGAUAUCGGAAUUUAUCAGUUUUAUUUUUUGUACAUACAUAUACAUGUAUAUAUAAACAUAUGGAGAACAGAACACAGAAGUCCUUUUCAUUUAAUUUGAGAAUUGUUUGUAACAUCCUUCACAAAAUAAUAUACAUCAUGUGAAGCCAGAGAUGUUGGUUUCUGUAGCACAUCUCCAUAAGGGUCGAGAAUUAUGUUAACUGUACAUAAUUAUAGUAUACAGUUUCUGAGUAUCCCUGUCAUAAGUUACCGGUGGUAUAGAUGGUGUGUAUCUUACCGGUGGUAUAGAUGGUGUGUAUCAGUAUGCAUGGUAUGAUGGAAAUGUGAAAACUAACGUUGCCAUGCCCGGUUGUGUCUGGAAAAUGUACGCAUGUUUUAUUCUGUUGUUGAGUUUAACCAUGUUUGUGUACUUAUUUUACAUGAAGCUGAGCUAGUGUAUUGCAAAUCAGUGUUUUCUAGAUCAUGGUACAACAAUUUUGGAUUGCAUUGUUGAAUUUGACAAGAAAAGUAUAAAUAUAUAUAUAUUAUAUCAAGUAUUAAAAGGGAUUAUGAUGAAAUACAGUUAUGUUUUUUAUGUAGUUGGAAUAUAUAUGUAUUGUCAUAAAUAAAAGAUAUUAACACUGGUAACAAAAAUUGAGGGAUUUUCAAAAGUAAAAACACCAUCAUUUUUAUGUUUUAAUUCAACCAAGAUAUAAACAAGGUUUAUCAUGA